CCCCCCCCCCCCCCCCAAGGCUCCGUCUCUUGGAAUUCUGUUGAUAACCCAUGAAGCUUUUGCACCCUAAUACAACUGGGUCUCAUUCGCUUUCGCGGGGUUCAGUCUUCCCAUUGCGGUUCCUCUCGCUUCGCGGAACCCGGAAAAGACAUCGGCCUGAACUGUUUUUGGGAUGGAAUUCGGGUUCCGUUACAGUUAAAUUGGAUUGCAGGUGCGUUGCUACUGGUAUUGACAGUAGUAGUAGUCGUAAAAAUGGCGGUGAGGUGAGGUGGGGAGAAUGUGAGGAGUGCGUGGAAGUGAUAGUAGUAGGGAGCAGGAAGGACGGUGUCUUGGACUUCUGCUCUGCCUCGCCUUUCCUUUCCCCUGUUUUGAGAUUUUGGGACAUUCUUGGUUGCUGCUCAGAACAGCUGAAACUGCAACAAAGGUUUACUAGCCAAGAUAGCACAAGAACAAUGGAAGAUUUCUCAGCAUGGCAGUCAUCUUGUAGAGCUGUUAUACUUGUUGCUAGUGCUGCUUAUGGCUCGGAUCAUAUUACAGCACUUGAGGUUCUUAGCAAUGUCAAGUCUGCAAACGGGUUUGUUGUGGGAAUAAUAUUGAAGCCAUUUCGCUUUGAAGGACAAAGGCGCCAAGAUGAGGUAAAGGAUUUGGUAAGCAAACUUGAAAAGCAGGCGAAUUUCUGUAUAGUUCUUGAUACUGAUGCACUUCUAGAAAAUGAUCUGGUGACUCUAGAUGAGGCUCUGAGAACUACUAAUAAUGCCGUUUUGAUGGCCAUGAAUGCCAUCUCCAUUCUCUUAUCUGAGAAACACAUAAAGCUUCUGAACACAAAAGAUAAUUCAACCAGAGAACUUCAUUUUUGAGGGUUAUAAUGAAGCGAGUAUUGGAUUUGGGGCCGGUUACAAUGUCAAAACUUCACUCUUGCGAGCAAUAAAUGACUGCCCUUUCCUGGGUGUGGACAUAAAGGACUUUGAUGGUGCGAUUUUAUGUAUCAUUGCGAGUUCAGGUGUUGCGGACUGCAGUGACGCCAAUAACAUUUUAAAUACUGUUCGUGCAAUUACGAAAUGCAAGGGUGAAAUUAUUGUAUCUGUAGUUCAUGAGCCUAAUCAGGAGCCUAACACUAUACUUGCAACAAUAAUUGUUUUCGGAUUCACCAGACAGCAGAUGGCUCCCAGAAAUGGCAUUUUCUCUAGCCUGGGUCAACAUUUCCCUUUCAUUUUCAAUCUCUUUGAUAAGAAACAUCGGCGAAGUAACAACUCCGAUAAAGCCUUUCUAUCUGAGAGUCUGCAUGUUUCUGAUGCCAUAAAUCCCCCUGUCAAUGGAGAUAUGCUUAAGACUAAUCCCUUAGCUGGUACAAUUGAAGACACUGGUGUUUUCAUGGACAAAUUGCAACCACUGUUGGAUGAUAGUGAUGAAGAAAUCUAUUCUAUCAGUUCUGAAGAAGGAGGGGUAGAAUUAUUGGAGUCCAACUCUACAUCAUCUUAUGAGUUGAAUUCUGAAGGAACCCCUGUUUUCAAAAGGGAGAUGCUUGCUAGAGGAAAUCUGGGGCCAGGUUGGUCCAGUGAAUUACCCAAAUAUGGAAGUAAUUUUUCAGAGGCAACUGGAAUGGUUGAUAGUGUCAGCAUCUACAAACUUCCUGUGGGGGUAAAACAUUUAGAGAAGUUGGAAGAUGAGUCUCUCAACUCAAAAACUAUGCAUGGAGCUGCAUGGGGAGUUGGGGACAAUAAAAAGAAACAGCAUUAUGCUAGACCAACUAUGUCUUGGGCUGGAUCGGCAGAUGCUGAUUUCAACAAUAAUGUGUCUUCAUCCAACAACGGAAAUCCCACCAGUAAUUCUAAGAAGCAUGGAGUUCUUUCCCUUCGUGCUGCAUCCAUGUUGGAAUCAGAGAGAGAUUCGCAGAAGAAGUGGAGUCGUGUGGUGGAAAUGAAAUAUCGUGGAGGAAUAUACAGGGGGCGUGCUCAAGGUGGACUUCCUGAAGGAAAGGGUCGCCUAUUGCUUGGGGACAAAAGCAUCUACGACGGGAUGUGGCGCUAUGGUAAGAGAUCUGGUAUGGGAACAUUCUACUUCAACAAUGGGGAUGUUUUUCAGGGAUCAUGGAGGGAUGAUGUCAUGCACGGCAAGGGUUGGAUUUACUUUCGUACUGGGGAUAGAUGGUUUGCGAACUUUUGGAAGGGGAAGGCAAAUGGAGAAGGCCGUUUCUACUCAAAGCUUGGUGAUGUUUCCUUUGGACACUUUAAAGAGGGAUGGCGACACGGCCACUUUCUUCGUAUCAAUGUUGAUGGGACAAGGUCUCAAGAGUUAUGGGAUGAAGGUGUGCUUGUCAGUGAAAAGCAAUUGGACCCGGAUGCUGAGGUUGGUCGAACAUAGUUUUGCACUUACUACUGUAAAUAUGAGUCAGACACCCGCCUUUUCACAAGGUACCAUGUGUUUCUUGUCUAAAUUUCUAAAGAAAAUUCUAAUCUUCUGCCCGAUUUUCUUAUGCAAGUAGGAGUAAGAACAAGUUUCUAUAGCCAAACCGUCUCCAUAUUCAUAUAAAGUAUUAUGUAAAUAUGUGUAACAGUUGGAACAGUGCUACUGUGGAGAACGCAAUUAGCACUUUUCUCAUCAUUUGUUUCCGUCUGUGGUCCAUUGGCAAUUUCAUAGACUCGAGAGUUAUGUACAUGUCCAGGAAAUUUGCCAUUGGUUUUGUUCUGGUAGCAUAGAGCAGAAAGACCUUCAAAAGAGUGAAUAAGAUGAAAAUAUCCUACUUGGGGCAUA